GAUAACGAGGGGAAGGAAGAAUGGGCCCACGGGGUGGUCAUUUUAAACAGUUUGGUCAGGGGAGGUGCAAAAGACAAGGUCCAAUUGGGCAAAGACCCGACGAGGUGACAGAGCCAUGCAGAUAAUCUGGGGGGAAAGCAUUCCGGGCAGCAGGAAGAGCCAGUGCCAAGGCCCUGGGGCCAGCAGAGUGGAGUCAUGGAGGGAGGAAGCAAGGGAGUGAAUGGCCUGCAUCCGUAGAACCAUUCCUAUCAAGUUCCAGGUGAUGCCGCUGCUCCCAGAACACACACUGAGAAUCCCUGCGUAGGCCCUGGACCAGCUUUGGCCUUUGUUCUUGAGAUGGGGAGCUAUUGGAGGAUUUUGAGGAGGCAGAGAAAGAAGAUGUGACUAAGGCCACGCGGAAUAAGGGCAGAAGCAGGUGGUGGCCGGACCGGUCACGGUGGUCCACGGUGAGGGCUGAGCUGAGGGGGAUUGGGGGGCCAUGAGGAGGACGGAGAUGGAAGAUCAAGGAUCUGAGUAUGUGCCAAAGCUGCCCUGUACACCUGCCGGCCAGAUGGAGCGUUAUUGACGUUGAUUAUCCUCCAAAAGGACACGGAUACCCUCAUACAGGCCCUGUGAGGUGGCGUUUGAUAGCUAUGUUUUCUAGAUGGGAUGCUGGACAGGGAGGACAGACCCUGGACAUCUCUGGACCAGACGUCUGUGGAGCAAGGUCUCACAAGGUUGACUUCCGCGUCUCCCUUAGACGGAGGACCCGAGAAAGGGACGUAUUGACUUAGAGUGGCUCUCGAUGGUGGCAGGUGAUACCGUCUGUGUACAUAAACCAUGGAGUGAGGCGUGUGGGGAAGAGAUCAGUGGUUACAUGGGGGCCUCGAGCCGACCGUCUGGGUUCGCAUCUAACUAUUUGAUGUCGAGCCACUUUCCUGACCUCCAUGCCUCCGUUUCCCCGUCUCGCACUUGGGAAUGGUAAUACUAGUUUCGUGGUUGAUACUUCCAGCACCAUGCUAAGCGCUCACAGGCAUUAUCUCGUGCAGUCACUAAGUGGUACCUGGCACAGAGUUGGGGAUGGAGGUGGGGAUGCUUUUCUGUUUUAUGGCAUUAAGUCCCCCCGCACCCUGUGAGGUAGACACCGAUACUGUCCCCGUUUUAGGGGCAAGAGAACUGAGGAUCAGGAAGGUUAAGUCGCUUGACCAAAGUCACAUAGGGCGAAGGACUCGUGGGGAAUAUCUCAGGUGAGCGACAUGGAAGAGCCAGGACUGAAACCCAGAGCGUCGGAAGCAGUCGACACGCCUAAGGACAGGCAGCGUUUUAGGGGAGACUUCCCAACAAUGACCUUCGCCCCCUUGGGAUUCACUUGAUGUAACCCCCGCCCCUUGGCCUCACUGGACAUUUCACUCCAUCCCCCCCCUUUCCUCUCACACCCCCCACAGCUCACUUGGUAUAUCCCAUGUUCACCCGCCCCAUGAAUCACUUGGUCUGGCCCCUAGAUAUUUCUUGUAUGACUCCUCCAACGUCCUGGCCUCUUAUUUGAGCACCCCAUUCUGACCACAUCCUCCCGAUCAUCUGGCCAUCUCCAGACCGCAUGCCUGCUCUGUGGCCAAGAAGAGACCGAUGAGUCCUUGACUCCUCAUUUGGAACCCAGUUCCCGGCUGCAGCGCCCUCUCUCCAGCUUCGACCUGGUAGUCGUUUGAGCCCCUCUGGCCAGUACCCUCCGUUCCCUCCCUUUUUGUAUGAUUCUGAAUCGCAACAGAACCCGCUAGAAGUUUAUUUCUCCCAUAAAAACUAAGGCCUGAGAUAGGCACUUAAGGCUAGUAUGGCGGCUCCAUUUUCUUGGAGACCCAAGCUCCUUCCAGCUUUCUGCUCUGCCGUCCUCGUCCUACGGGCCUGCUCGAGCUCCAGCAGAUCCCAGCAGGAUGGAGGAGGGGGAAGGAAUGGACAAGAUGACACCGCUUCUCUUUCAGGCUACUUCCUGUGACCCCCUCUACAUGAUACCUCUACCUGUAUCUCAAUAGCCAACACUUGGUCCCAUGACCACAACUAGGCCACAUGAUCCGAGCUAGUUGCAAGGAAGGCUGGGAAAUGUAGUGAUCUGUUAGUAAACAGCUAUUUGGAAGUGACUGGCAAUCUGUGUGUAUUAGUUCACUGGGGCUGCUGUAAGUGCCACAGACUGGGUGGCUGAAACGAGGCACCCUGAAUUAUAUUUCCCUAAUUCCGGAGGCUGGGAGACCGAGAUGAGGCGUCAUUGUGGGCAGGACUGGUCUCUUCCGAGGCCGCUGUCCUUGGUUGGAGGUGACCAGCCUCUCUCUCCCUGUGUGUUCACGUGCUCUCCUCUCUGCGUGCGUCCAGAUUUCCUCCUCUAAUGAGGACACGAGUCAUACCGGCUUAAGGCCACCUCAAUGACCUCACGGUAACUUCAUUAGCUCUUUAAGACUGUGUCCAACAACAGUCGCAUCCUGAGGUGCUAGGGGUUAGGACUUCAACAUAGGAAAUUGGAAGGAACACGGUUCAGCCUAGAACAGCCUGCCACAUUUCUGAUUUCCAGAACGACCUUCAUCACUCAAUCCAGCCAUCCGUUUUGGAAAAAGUCAGAAAACCUGACAGUUUAGAGGUUAUUAAAGUGGUUAAGAUUCCAACACCCGUAAGGGCACAGGACAGGAAAGUGAAAGAGUAGAAAUGAAUCGAGGUGGGGACUAUGAAGAGGUGACGGGUGUGUCCCCUGUCUGAAGGCUGCUCCUAAGCUCCAUCCAGUUCAUUGCGGCCUCAUGAAAUUCCAUGUCCGUGUUUCGGCUCCUCCGAAUUUUUUUAAAACGGAUGCCAAACAUUUUAUGGGACUUUUCCAAAUUUUGUGAUGGCAACUGGUUCAUUUUUUUUUUUUUUAACACUUUCCAGACUAUAAAUAUGACACAUCCAAGGGAUGAGUUUGGGCCACAGGCCACAGUUGAGGUCUCCAUUCCCAGCUGGAUACUGGAAUUCUACGCAUACUUACUGAGCACUUGCUAGGACUCGGGACCCUCUCCUGGGUUCUGGGGACACAGCACUAAAGAAGGAUGCGUUUACUUAAGAGACAGACUUAUCACCCUACAUAUAAAAAUAUGUAAUUGCAAACUGGUGAGAGCUAUGAAUGUAGCGAAUGGGGAACUAUAAGAGACAAAAAUCAGGGACUCAGACUUGUGGUCAAGGAAGAUCUCCAAGUGGAUGAUGAGGUAUGACAUUAACCCUCGAACCCCUUUGUGACUCUGAUGAGAUUCAUCACUGCCUGUGUAAGGUAUGACAUGAAGGAUGAGCAGGAGUAGAGGGAGAGACAGGGAAGCCAGCCUGUGCAAAGGCCCUGAGGUGCUAGAGCAUGCGCUUUUCCUAUUAGGGGAAGUAAAAGGUGGGCAAUAAGAAUGGAACAGAGAGGGGGAGGAGGCUAGGCUGGACCGUGUAAGGCCUAGGAGACCUUGCUGAGGAAUCCGGUCUUCAUCCUCCCCUUCACCUUCAACAAGAUAAACGCAGACGAUCUAGGGAGAUGGUCAGGCAGCAGAAGGAAGAGGACUUGGGGACUUGUCAGCCUUCCUGGUAGACAAGAGUAGGAGAAGAUAAAAAGAAGGGACCGUGUGUGUCCGAGAGGGAGGGCUGGAGAGGGGCUGGGAAGGGGCACAGCGACCAUGGCAACAAGCCCAGUCGAUCCCGCCCGGCCAAAGAUGAAGGGUUUUUACGACAAGGCCUCCCUCCGCCCUCCAGGGUCCUUUGAGGUUGCCUUCCCCGACGCGGCGGAGAAAAUGCGGAAAGUCAUUAUGCAGCUUAAAGAAGGUAAAAUAGACCCCAUCUCCUUCCCCCAGGCACAGACACGGUUAGAAAACCCCACUCCCGAGACCGCCGGCCGCUCCCUUCAGUCCAUCCAGUGGCGGAUCUGUGAGCCGCUUGGGGAGAGGGGCACGCGCGGGACACGGGCCCUUCUGCGUGGACCGCUUGGGUUCCGGCCCCGCCCCUUCGAAAGAAGGUUUCCUCCCCAGCUAGGACCCCUUCUUGGGGCGGUCCUGUCUCAGAUUAGCCCGGGCCUCUUCCUGGAUCUCGGGGUCUGGCCCUGUGCACUCCGUGAAAGCAGGCUCCUUCUAGUCUGGCCUCGCCUCUUCUCUAACUGGUCCCUGAGGAGCGCCCAGCAUCUAGCCCCGCCCCGCCUCCUUGGUGCAUGCCACAGGCCUGCCUCCCUUAGAUGGCCAGCAGCAAGCCCGUGCCUGACCGCUUGGUGGAAUGCUGCAGGCUUGGCCGGGUCCCCAGGUGGAACACAGCAGGCCUGGCUCCUCUCCCUAGGCAGGCCUGGCUCCGCCUCCGAGGAAUGCAUCCGGCCCAGUAACGCAUCCUCUAGGGGAGCUUCAGGGUGGGCACCUCCCGCGACUUCCCGGGCAGUAACGCUUCCUUUCUCUCUGCAGUCCAGGCCUGCAUCCCUCCCUGCGGCCUCCAGGAGGUCUCUCGGCGUUUCCGCUGCCGAGGAUGCUACUCCACAGUUUGCGACCUCCCGCUGGACUGCCCAGCUGCCUAAGGAGGAGAUCACCUAUUCCUGGAGGUUCGCAGGAGGAGGUCUCCGGACUCAGGACCUGACCUACUUCCGAGAGAUGCCGCGGGCCCAGGGGUACCUGGCGCGGAUCCGGCCCGUGCAGCCCACUCACCGCGGAACCUUCUCCUGCGUGAUCACGCACGACCAGCGCGCCCUGGCGCGGCUCUACUUCUUUCUUAACGUGACCGGUCCGCCCCCGCGCGGGGAGACCAAGCUGCAGGCCUCCUUUCGGGAAGUGCUGCGCUGGGCCCCGCGGGAGGCGGAGGUGAUCGAGUCCUGGAGGCCGAGCCUGGGCGAGCUGCUGGCCAGGCCUGAGGCUCUGACGCCGAGUAACCAGUGCCUGCUCGCAGCCAUCGCGGCCUUAGCCUCAGCCGGUGUGACUCUGUUGGCAUGAUAAGCUCCUUCUGGACAGGUACUCAUUCUCAUUCACCGACGUGUGCAUUCAUUCAUUCAGCGAAUAUUCAUUCAGCGGAAAUUCAUUGAGCGCUUACUAUGUGCCAGGCAUCUUCAAGCCACUGUAGAGACAGCAAUGAAGAAAUCAGAAUAGAUAAAGGUCUGCACUCCUAGAGAGUUUCGGUUCUAGUGGACGGUCAGACGAUAAACAAGAAAAUUAAGCAAAAUAAAAAUGUGCAUCCAAUUAUAUGAUAAUAUGUGACAGGAAACAAAGCGGAGAAACUGAGACACAGAGUGUUGAGGGGAGAGAAGGAGCAAUGGGAGCUUCGGAGAAGACCUCACAUUUGAAUGAAGAGAUGGGGUGAGAACGGGAGCCUUGCGGAUUAUUCGCGUCGAGUGGUCCAGCAAAAGAAACAGCAGGACCAGAGCCCUGACGCAGGAGUGUGUCUGGUUUGGGGGGGCUGCCAGGAGCCAGGGCAGCGGGAGCAGGGCUUUAGGAAAUGAGUGUGCGGUGAGGUCCGAGAGAAGCCGGGGACCGCGUCACGUAGGACUUUGGGUGCUGUAAGGUCUGCAUUUUCCUCUCUAUGAGAUCAUGGCAUUUUUGGAGGCCACAGUCAUGAUUUGGUUUGAUUUGAUUUAUGCAGCUACUGUAUGGAUAACAGACUCUCGGGGGCCAAGGUGGGAGCAGUGAUCCGGGAAUGAGAGAGCAGCCGUAAUCCGGGAAAGAGGUGUGGCUUGGGGACAAAGUGGUGACAGAGUGAGGAGCCGUGGUUCCAGGUCUGUCCUGAAGGAAAAACCAGUGUGGGAUUUGCUGAUGGACUGGAAUGUCGGGUAUGAGAGGAAGAAAAGAGAGGGGUCCAGGAUCAGUGGUUAGGACAGCAGCGAUGUCCAGUGGGACCCUCUGCCACGAUGGAAAUGUUCUAGCUCUGUACCGGCCAGCGUGGCAGCCGCCGGCCGCCUUUGGCCAUGAAGCAUGCGAAAUGUGGCCAGUGCGACUGAGGGACUGAAUCGUAUAACCUUUUAUGUAGCUUUGAUAACUUAAAUCUAAAUCAUCCCUCCUUUGUGACAACAGAAGUCACAGAGGUGUGUGUCACUCUCUUUAAUAUGGUAAUAACCAUGUAUGGUGCCAGGUGGGUACUAGAUUAAUUAGGGGGGGGAUCACUCUGUAAAUUAUAUAAAUGUCUAACCACUAUGCUGUACGCCUGAAACUAAUGUAAAGCAAUAUUUA